AUGUCGCUCCGGUUCUCUAGCGGAUCCAGGCACAUCUGCUUACGGUCCAGCACCGGCUCCGUCCGCCCACCCAGCGGAGGUGCAAGCUUUGCGGGCAGCAACGCAUGUGGCAGUUCUGCUGCCGGAAGUGGCUUUUCCUGCGUCCUGGGAGGGGGCUUGGGCAGUCCUGCUGGCGGGAACCAUGCUGGUGGUGCCCUUGGGAAUGCUGUGUGUGUUGGCUUUGCUGGAAACGAAGGAGGGCUCCUCUCUGGGAAUGAAAAGGUGACCAUGCAGAAUCUUAAUGACCGCCUGGCGUCCUACCUGGAUAGUGUGCGAGCUCUGGAGGAGGCCAACACGGAGCUGGAGAGAAAAAUCAAGAGCUGGUAUGAAAUGUACGGGCCUGGAUCCUGCCGGGGACUUGAGCACGAUUACAGCAGGUAUCACCUCACCAUCGAGGAUCUGAAGAAUAAGCUCAUCUCGUCCACGACUGCGAACGCCAACGUCAUUCUGCAGAUUGAUAAUGCCAGGCUGGCUGCAGACGACUUCCGGCUCAAGUAUGAAAAUGAGCUCGCCCUUCACCAAAGCAUAGAUGCCGACAUCAAUGGGCUCCGGCGAGUCCUGGAUGAGCUGACGCUCUGCAGGACCGACCAGGAGCUGCAGUAUGAAUCCCUGAGCGAGGAGAUGACGUAUCUCAAGAAGAACCAUGAAGAGGAAAUGAAGGUUCUGCAGUGCGCCGCGGGGGGCAACGUGAACGUGGAGAUGAACGCGGCCCCUGGCGUGGACCUCACGCUUCUGCUCAACAACAUGCGCGCCGAGUACGAAGACCUCGCUGAGCAGAACCGCAGGGACGCCGAGGACUGGUUCAACGAAAAGAGUGCCACUCUGCACCAGCAGAUCUCGGAUGAUGCUGGGGCGGCCACCUCUGCCAGGACCGAGCUGACGGAAAUGAAGCGCAGCCUGCAGACCCUGGAGAUCGAGCUGCAGUCCCUCCUAGCAACGAAACACUCCCUGGAGUGCUCCCUGACCGAGAUCGAAGGCAACUACUGCACUCAGCUCGCCCAGAUCCAGGCUCAGAUCGGGGCCCUGGAAGAGCAGCUGCACCAGGUCAGGACCGAGACCGAGGGCCAGAAGCUGGAGUACGAGCAGCUCCUGGACCUCAAGGUCCACCUGGAGAAGGAGAUCGAGACCUACUGCCUCCUGAUCGAUGGAGAAGGAAAUUCAUGUGCCAAAUCCAAGGGCUUUGGAUCAGGAAACUCUGGGAAUAUAUCGAAAGAUUUACCCAAAACCACACUGGUAAAGACGGUGGUUGAAGAGAUAGACCAACGUGGCAAAGUCCUUUCAUCAAGAGUUCACUCGAUUGAAGAAAAGACAUCCAAAAUGACCAAUGGGAAGACAGAACAAAGAAUUCCUUUCUAG